UGGAUAAGGGAUCCUGAAUGAUAGGUCCUACGAGGCCCAAGAGCACAAUGGAUAGAACAAGCCAAACCAAAAUUCCUGGGAGAUAUUUUAGCUUGUCCUCUCGCAGUCCCUGCCAGUCACUCCCAUCCUUCCAGAAACGGCCACAGCUCGAGCAAAGAUUGAAAGCCCAGCGAUAUUUUCCCUCCUCACACUUUUCAGCAGCUCUGCACUCUUUUGCCUAUCAAGAACAUUUGGUGGCCGUCAUCACCCUGUGCUCAUGUUAAGGGUUGAGCCUCCAGCGUAUUAUCCAAUUGCAAGACCAAGAUGGAAAAUAUGUGCCUGUAAAAAUAUCUUGCAAGAAACUGCCUCGCAUGAUGCAGAGGUGCAUUCUUAUAGCCAUAAUGAGAGGAAGAACCGGAAAAAGGAGGGUGCUUACAUCGACAAAGAUGGCAUAGCAAGGACCUUCAACCGAAAGAAAAUAUCCAGAAAAAGGGGCGGUGCUAUGAGAGGCCGUGGUUGGAAGUACGGCUCUGGGUUUGUCGAUGGAGUCUUCCCUGUGCUCAGUCCAAUGGCACAGGAUAUCCUAGAAUUUGUUCAGAGAGGGACCGACGUCACCAAAAUCUGGGAAUCACUGGACAACAUUCCUCCUGCACACAAUCUCUGGGAUGACAUUCUCAAUGUCGCCGUCCAGCUCCGUCUGAACCGACAAUGGGAUCCGAUCAUAUUAGUCUGCGAGUGGAUCAUAUACAGGAGUUCCUUCCGUCCCGACAUCAUCUGCUAUAAUCUGCUCAUUGAUGCGUACGGCCAAAAGCGUCAACUGAACAAAGCAGAAUCAAUUUACACGACUCUUCUGGAAGCUCGCUGUGUUCCUACAGAAGAUACCUAUGCUCUUCUAUUGCGCGCUUACUGCAAUGCUGGGUCACUGCACCGAGCGGAGGGCGUGAUUUCAGAGAUGCAGGAGAAUGGGAUUCCUCCAAGUGCAACUGUAUAUAAUGCGUACCUCGACGGCCUACUGAAAGCGAGAUGUACCGAAAAGGCGGUCCAAGUGUAUCAAAGGAUGAAGAAAGAACGUUGCAGAACGAACACAGAGACGUACACCCUGAUGAUCAAUGUAUAUGGAAAGGCAAAGCAACCGAUGUCGUCAUUGAAAGUCUUCAACGAGAUGAAGUCAAUAGGGUGCAAACCCAACAUCUGCACCUACACUGCCCUGGUGAACGCAUUUGCAAGGGAAGGUCUGUGUGAAAAGGCAGAAGAAGUGUUUGAGGAGAUGCAGCAGGCUGGGCAUGAGCCUGACGUGUACGCCUACAAUGCCCUGAUGGAAUCUUACAGCCGUGCAGGAUUCCCGCAAGGCGCAAUGGAGAUCUUCUCGUUGAUGCAACACAUGGGGUGUGAGCCUGACAGAGCCUCAUACAACAUCUUGGUGGACGCUUAUGGAAGAGCUGGUCUUCAUCAAGAGGCAGAAGCGGCGUUCCAAGAGCUGAAGCAGAAGGGCAUGCGGCCGACGAUGAAGUCGCACAUGCUGCUCCUGUCCGCGCACGCCAAGUCUGGCAACGUGUCCAGGUGCGAGGAGGUGAUGGCGGAGCUGCACAAGUCCGGCCUGAGGCCCGACACUUUCGCGCUCAACGCGAUGCUUAACGCGUACGGCCGGGCCGGGCGGCUCGACGACAUGGAGCGCCUCCUCGCGGCCAUGGAGAAGCGCGACGCCGGCGGCAAUCCGGAUAUCGGCACGUACAACGUGCUGGUGAACGUGUACGGGCGCGCGGGAUACCUGGACCGGAUGGAGGCGGCGUUCGGCUCCGUGGCGGCCAGGGGGCUCGCCGCCGACGUGGUGACGUGGACGUCGCGCAUAGGCGCGUACGCGAGGAAGAAGGAGUACGGGCGGUGCCUGGAGAUCUUCGAGGAGAUGGUGGACGCCGGGUGCUACCCGGACGCCGGCACGGCCAAGGUGCUCCUCGCGGCGUGCUCCGACGAGCGGCAGGUGGAGCAGGUCACAGCCAUCGUCAGGUCCAUGCACAAGGACCCCAAGACGUUCUUCACACUAUGAAAUCAAACUCUUGUAUGGCAUCACAUUACACAUGCAUGUAUCUCUUGUGAAGAAGUACUAGUAGAAUUUAACAUAUAUGAAUAUGAAUUGUUGUAUAAUUGUUUCUACAUGAUUAAAUACUUUGAAGGAAAUAAAGGUUUCAUAACUCCUAUAAAUUA